AUGGGUCAGGUGGUACUGACCAUUCUUGUAAUUUAUGUCUUCGUUCCGGACACUCGAGUACAUGAUUUAAUUGGUCUGAUGAAGGGGGUUACCAAGUACAUUCUGACAGUGAUGAUGGUGAUGAACGCUGUCCUAAAUUUCGCCCUUACAAUGAUCCAAAUCCUCAUUCUUGGAAUAAUUAUCAAGAAACUAGGUACCUUUCAAGGUCAGAGAUCAAGUGAAGAGGUCCAACCCUGCACGAAGUACACUACAAAAUUUAGUGAUGUUAAGGGUGUUGAUGAGGCCAAGGCUGAGUUGGAAGAAAUUGCUCAUUAUUUUCGUGAUCCUACGCGGUUCACAAGUCUAGGAGGUAAGCUACCUAAGGGGGUUUUGCUUGUCGGUCCACCAGGGACAGGUAAAACCAUGCUAGCAAGAGCUAUUGCAGGAGAAGCUGGAGUACCAUUCUUCUCCAAAAGAGGGAGUGAGUUUGACGAAAUGCUUGUUGGUGCGGGAGCAAGAAGAGUGAAGCAGCUAUUUGCUGCAGCGAAGGAGCAGUCUCCAUGUAUUAUUUUCAUUGAUGAGAUAGAUAUAUUUGGAGGAAGCCGUAACCCCAAAGAUGAGAAACACUUGCGAACUUUGAAUCAGUUUCUUGUCCAGCUUGAUAGCUUUGAACAAAAUAAUGGAAUUAUUGUGAUUGCUGCGACCAACCUCCCCAAGUCUUUGGAUAAAGCACUUACGAAACCUGGACGUUUCGAUCGUACUGUUGUUCUUCCCAAUCCAGAUGUUGAAGGACGCAGACAGAUAAUGGAGUCUCACAUGUCAAAGGUUCCCAAAGGAGAAGAUGUUGAUUUAAGUAUUCUUGCCAGAAGAACACCUGGGCUCUCAGGUGCAGAUCUUGCGAAUUUGGUGAACGUUGCAGCUCUCAAAGCCGCAAAGGAUGGGGCUAAAGCAGUGAGCAUGACUGACUUAGAAUAUGCGAAUGAUAAGAUUAUGGGAAGUGAACGCAGAUCAGCUGUGAUUUCUGAAGAAUCUCGAAAACUAACAGCUUUCCAUGAAGGUGGCCAUGCUUUAGUAGCCAUCCACACAGAUGGAGCCCAGCAAGUUCAUAAAGUCACAAUAGUUCCUCGAGGAGUGUCUCUUGGAAGGGUAGAACUGUUGACCAGCGAAGAAUACACUGGUGCUUCUCGCAAGCAUUUGCUUGCUAAGUUAGAUGUUUUAAUGGGCGGGCGAGUAGCCGAGGAAGUUACAUUUGGAGAAAAUGAAAUUAAUUCUGGUGCAUCUUCUGAUCUCCAAAGAGCAACAUCCUUAGCAAGAGCAAUGGUCACAAAAUAUGGAAUGAGCAAAGCAGUUGGGCUCGUAGCUGACGAAUACGACAAUGGGAGGAGUAGUAUGAGCGUUGAAACUAAAAGAGAGGUGAGAGAUUUAUUGGACAGGGCUUACAGUAACGCGAAGACAAUUUUAACUACCCACCAUAACGAACUCCACGCAUUAGCUAAUGCUCUACUUGAGAAAGAAACACUCACAGGAACUGAAAUCAAGGCUUUACUUGCCCAAGUCAAUUCGAAGCAAAUGAACCAAACAGAACAACAAACUGUCACAUCACAGAGUAAUACUUCACCAUCGCCAUCAGUGCCUACAUCUACACCAAAUGGAGCUGCACUUACUGAUGCUGCUGCCGCAGCGGAAGGUACAAUAGGGAAGUCAGAAGGAAUUGCUCUAGUGGGAUCCUAG